AUGGUGCAAGAGGAAGAGAGCGGGAACGUGUAACGUACAGCUCCUCAUUGCUUUCUCUGGUGCAGAGCAUUUCGUGCCGUUUCUUCCUUCAUCCUCAAUCUCUUGCAUUGAGAUCUGCGAUUCGGUUUUUGCUCUCCAUUUCUCCUUUGAAGCUUUCAGCUUGCUCUUAUGGCUCCUUCAAAUGGAACAACCAUCAAUGCUCGUCCUUCUCCAUACCCACCACUGAAUGAGAGAAUACUUUCAUCAAUGACUAGGAGAUCUGUUGCUGCACAUCCUUGGCAUGAUCUUGAAAUAGGACCUGAUGCUCCAAAGAUUUUCAACUGUGUAGUUGAAAUAGGAAAAGGAAGCAAAGUGAAGUAUGAACUUGACAAAAAAACUGGUCUGAUUAAGGUUGAUCGGAUUCUUUACUCAUCUGUUGUGUACCCACAUAACUAUGGCUUCAUUCCGCGGACUCUUUGCGAGGACAACGAUCCCAUAGAUGUCUUGGUCAUCAUGCAGGAGCCAGUUCUUCCUGGAUGUUUUCUGAGGGCUAAAGCAAUAGGCCUUAUGCCUAUGAUUGACCAGGGUGAAAAAGAUGACAAGAUUAUAGCUGUUUGUGCCGAUGAUCCCGAAUACCGUCACUACAACGACAUCAAGGAGCUCCCACCGCAUCGAUUGGCUGAGAUUCGUCGCUUCUUUGAAGACUACAAGAAGAAUGAGAACAAAGAGGUAGCUGUGAAUGACUUUCUGCCAGCCGCUGAGGCCUUCAACGCCGUACAACACUCAAUGGACCUCUAUGCAGACUACAUAGUGGAGAGCUUGAGGCGGUAGGUGUCCGCCAAGCAAUUGGCACCCGUGAUUGCAUUCAUAUCACACACAUUGGGAAAAGCCUUCAUUGAAAUGGUUUUGUUUCCAAGGCAAGAUUUUCCUGUCUGUGGUUUGUUAAUAUGCUUUCAUACUUGAAUUUACACCGUGUUAUGUUCGGGAAACGAUAAUGCCAUUAAAUGGUUGUAUCAAGAAUUGGAUCGAAAUGUUACACAGCGAUCGUACUAGCGUUAGGGUAAUGGCUAUAUUUUUUGAUUUUUUUUCUUUUUUUGAAAAGUCUAUUGUAAUGAAUCUACACUUCUACUGUACUAGACCUGGUGGGAUCCAUGAUCAUUGUUCCUUAUCAGGUCUUUUUUGCUUUUUGUUCCCGACACGGGGAGCAAUGAUACCGACUUCAAGUGAUUCUCUUUAUA